AUGCCAUUCCAAUACAAGAAGGUCUUAGUUAUCGGUGCCACAUCUGGCAUUGGCAAGGAGCUGGCCAACAAGUUUGUGGAGAAUGGAACCCCAUUGAUUAUUGCCGGCCGAAGAAAGGAGAAUCUCGAUGUUUUUGUGCAGCAACACGGUGCCGAGAAGGUCAAGUCCAAGGUCUUCGAUGUUAUGCAACUGGACCAGAUCACUCAGUUCGCUUCGGAAGUUAUUGCUGAGAAUCCGGAUCUGGAUUGUAUCUUCGUCAACUCUGGCAUCCAGCGGCCCUUCGAUUUCUCCAAGCCGGAGACCGUCGACCUGGAUAUCUUCGACCAAGAACUCAUCACCAACUAUACCGCGGCUGUUCGUAUUUCGAAGGCCUUCAUUCCUCAUCUACAGAAGCAACAGACCCAGACUGCUCUUGCUUUCACCACUUCCCAAAUGGCUCUCGUCCCCAUGAUGCGCUGUCCCAAUUAUGGUGCAUCCAAAGCUGCCCUUCACCAUUUCAUCCUUGCCCUCCGAACUCAGCUGAACGAUGGGCCUGGCAACGUUAAAGUGUUGGAGAUUUACCCGCCUGCCGUCCAAACGGAGCUACACGAUGCUAAGCACCAGCCCGAUCUCAAGGAUGGCCACUUGAUCGGCAUGCCGCUGCAGGAGUUCAUUGAUGAGGUCUGGACUCGUCUGUCCAAUGGAGAGGAUCAGAUCGCCGUCGGUUCUGCCAAUGACAUCUACGAGGCUUUUGAGGUCAAGCGACAGGAGCUGUACCAUCAAAUGACGGAAAUGCUGUCAGGUUUGAUCAAGCAGUUCCUGCGGUAA